CGGGGGCCGGUGCGCGGGGCUGCGUUCGGUCUCGGGCUGCCAGCGUCGGGCCCGCCGGUGCCAUGGACGGCCUGCGGCAGCGUUUCGAGCGCCUUCUGGAACAGAGGAACCUGGCCACCGAAGCGCUAAGGGCGCUCGAAGCCAGGACCGGUGUCGACAAGCGGUACUUGGCCGCGGGAGCCGCCACUCUGCUAAGCCUGUAUCUUGUGUUCGGCUACGGGGCGUCUCUGCUGUGCAAUCUCAUCGGCUUUGUGUACCCCGCUUAUGCUUCGAUCAAAGCCGUCGAGAGCCCAAGCAAGGAGGACGACACUGUGUGGCUCACCUACUGGGUGGUAUACAGCCUGUUCGGGCUUGUCGAAUUCUUCAGCGAUCUACUCCUGUCCUGGUUCCCUUUCUACUACGUGGGCAAGUGCGCCUUCCUGUUGUUCUGCAUGGCCCCCGGGCCGUGGAACGGGGCCCACAUGCUGUACCGUCACGCCAUACGCCCGCUGUUCCUGAAGCAUCACGAGGCCGUGGACAGCGUCGUGAGAGAGCUCAGCGGGCAAGCAUUGGACAUGGCAGCCGGCUUCACCCGGGACGCCAAAGUAAACUCGAGCCAGGGGCAAAAGGACAAGUGAAGUCCCCGCCCAGCCCCCGCACGGACCUGCCAGCCGAUCAGCAGAAGGAUGCAGCGUCCCCCAAGUCCCCCAAGUCCUCCACGGAUUCCUCGACGAGCUCACCAGCCGAGUCCCCCGCUGUCACCUCCUCCGCAAGCCAGCCAGU